CUAAACUGAAACCAGUGGCGUGAAACUCAUAAAAAAAUUCUGUACCCAGAAAUAGGAAGGCCGGCGAUUACGCAUGCAUGGCACUUCGGAAAUUUGGGCCCAAUUGUCCGCAGGUUGCGGUAAUUGUAUAUACGCCAGUUUAAAAAAGCCCGCGAGAUCCGCUCCAAGCACCAAGCUGCCCCGUGUCCGUGUCCAACGCCUCUCCACCACCACUCCCCGCGCGCAAUCCAACCCGGCCACCUCCCCACAUCUACCGCCAGUGGCGCCACCUUAUCGCCUCGCCUCCAACCCCGACGCGAGCCAGGUACCUACCUGCUGCGGCGGCCGAGAGAGAUGGAUGGCCGGCGGCCGGAGAUGCGGCGGACGAUGACGCUGUCCGAGCAGCUGUCCACGCCCGACCCGCUCAUCCGCGACUUCCUCAAGAUCCCGCACGACGCCGACGCCGGCGAGGGUGAUAGCCCCUCGGCCGUCGACGCGCAGGGGGGCGGCAGGACGACCGGCUGGAAGCAGCUGCGAGACCGGCUCCGGCUCCGGCGCGCGGCGGGCGCCUGGCAGAGGCGUAAGACCGGCGCGGCCGCGGCCCACGCCCCGGCGAACGGCGGCGGCCUCAGCAAUAUCAGCAGCGCUAACAACCGCAGCAACAAGUACAACUACAACCCCGGCGAGGCGGAGGCGGCGUUCUCCCGCACCUUCUCCCGCGCGCCGUCGCUCCGCGCGACGCCCACGUUCUCGCGCGUCGCGUCCACCCGGGUCGGCCCCGCCUCCUGCCGCUCCAGCUCAAGGCGGCUCUCGACGUACGACUUCCGCGACGUCGAAGAGCGACGCCACGAGGACGAGGACGAGGACGGCGACGGGGAAGAGGAAGAAGACGGCGAGGACGAGGGGGACGAAGAAAAGACGGCGGCGCCCGCGGCGCAGAUGUCGCUGAUGGCGCUGCUGGGGCAGACGGACAACCAGUGGGACGACGAUGAGGAUGAGGAGGAGGAGAGCGGAGGCGGCGCGUUUAAGAAAGGCGGGGCCGGCGCCGUGGGCGACGAGGACGAGGACGACUGCGACAGCCGGGAGGAUGAGAUGGUGCACGUGUGCUGCGUGUGCAUGGUUCGGCACAAGGGCGCCGCCUUCAUCCCCUGCGGCCACACCUUCUGCCGCCUCUGCUCCCGCGAGCUCUGGGUCAGCCGCGGCAACUGCCCGCUCUGCAACGGCUUCAUCCAGGAGAUCCUCGACAUCUUCUGACGGACCGAGCUCGCCGCCUCCAUCGUUUGUUUAUCUUCUAGGUCCCUUAGCUUCACGUACAUCCAUGGCAUCAUCGCCGUCGAUACCCAUGUUCUUGCACCGGUUCCUAUCCUACAGAUUUUGUGUGUGUGUGUGCGCGCGCGCGCGCGCUGGGGUGGGGGGUAGGGGGAUCAUUGAUUGUUACAGUACGUUGCAAUAAAAUGGUACAGUAUUACGCAUACGCAAUGUGUGCAUUUUCGUAUAGUAUUUCAGAGUGGUUGUUAGGUUGACUUACCAGGCACCAAUAAAAGAGCGUGUGAUUCAGAUGAA